AAAAAAAAAAAAAAAAAAAAAAAGGUAGAUGAUUGUUAUCCAAUAGAAACCGUAUCCUCUUCUCAAGACAUAUGAGUUAGUGUCGUUAUUUCGCUUCACAUUUACCAUGCGCUUUCCAGAAGCGCCUGCAUCAAGACAUAUCCCAGUACUGGUAGAAGGCGUUUCGGACUCCCCGAUUGGCAAAGGCUCGGUUGCUCGUUGAAGAAGACAAUAAUAGAAUGGGACCUCGUGGUUCAAGGUUCCGAAAGGAUAAAGAUGAAGUGAUUGGAUGACUUCUGGUGGCGACAAAGAAGUAUGUAUGAGCCCUGAUUAUCCUUCUAUAUCCUGACUCGGGUCGGGUGUGACAGUGUCGUCGGCAGAAUCAGGCCAGUAAAGAUAGCCCGCCCACAUUAGAUAUUGGGAGCCGAAUCGUGUAAAACUUGUAUAGGCAUACCAAAGGGCCAUGCGAACGUGUGCUUCGGGUUCUUGCAUCUAACAAUGCGGCGGCAUCCAAAUGGCGGUGGGAGGUGUCUAAGGUCACCUUUCGUCUUGUUCGAGAAUAGAUUCAACUAGGAUAAAGUAUUCUCCUGCGAGAUCUAGAUGUAGACGAUUAUAAAAAGGAGCGGUGCAUCUUCUCAGGUGUGUAACUGAAUUCGUAUCGCAUUUGUAACUUGUUAGCGAUGCGAGUGUUGUGAGUGAUGUGCUUCUUCCAUUAUCCAGCUCCCAAGCCCAGGAAUAAGAAGGCAAAGAAGCAAGCGAGUUUGAGGAGGGCAGUCGGCGGUAACGUGGUCCACGAUAUUGCGUACGAAGCAGCGGACAACGCACUCUAUCAGGAACCUGCGGGAAUAGGAACGACGACGGCGAUGUAUCAUCCGUACUUCAAUUACUUCCCAUACGGCAUGGAGCAGUAUUUUAAAGACGAACCCUACUACGUAACGCGUGGCGCGUGGGCCUCGCAUGGAGAGGCGCUGAACGGCACUCUGGGCGCGACGAAGGAGAUCGGGGAGAAGAUAGAGGAGCUGAAGGGCGUCGUCUCCGGCGGAGUCGCGGUGGCCCGAGCCUUGGCCGGAAGCACCCAAGGCGCUCUCGAGGGGGCCCGUGAUGAUAUUAACAACACCCACGCAGCUAUCCAGGGCGCGAAUAACGCGCUUAGACAGACCCAUGAUGCGAUCACCAAGCACUACGGCGAGCACAGCACCAAGCAGGACAAAUGCGUCGCCGAGAUCAGCAAAGUUCGAUCGAUGCUAGAAGAGGACGCGAAGAAUAAAGAACAGGCGCGCCAGCGACAGCAGAACAUGCAGGAGGCGUGGAACUACUACCGAUGGUUUCGACAGGCGGAACGGGAGGCUGAACAACAGAAAUCGUCGUCGUCUAAGAGUAGUAGUAGCAGUAGCAGUAGCAGCAAUGAACGACAGACACCCCCCGACGACGCGUACGUGCCUGAGGGACAGGGACGAGGACGAGGACGAGUGCCUCCCGACCACGGGAAGCUCAAGCGGUCAGUUUUGGAAUGUCUGGACCAGAUUCUCGGUGAGGCGGGCUCGCACGCUGCUGACCGCCCCGAGCGAAACCGCCAGAACCAGAACCACACUCACUUCCAUGCCUACGCCCCGACAUCAUCUCCACCGCCGUGGGGUGGUGCCCAGCACUAUGAUGCAGCAGACCCUCGCGGCUGGCAACAAUGUCAGGCUUCUUCCCCUUUUCCGGGCCGAGACGAUGUUUACUACUACUACUACGACGGCAGCAGCAGUAGUAGUAGUAGCAGUGCUCGCGGUGGUCCGGGGAAGAGAAAUGGGAUGUGGAACGGUCGUGGCCCCAAUUGUUACUGAGUACCUAACCUGACCUAAGAUACAUUACAUUACAUACAUGGAGUCCAACCUCUUCCCCCUGAUACUAUGUAGGUACAUAUGGUAGUAGUCAUUUUCAAAAUAUGAAGUUGGAAUUUUCACGUGUUAUCAUGGGAUUGUGAUUCUACAUAGCACCAUUGCUCAGGAUCUACCCUACAUACAUAGGUAGGUUCUGGAAUCCCCAGGUCCCUGUAAAUCAUACUGAAGCCACAAGUUCGAAGUACAUACAUAUGUAGAAACGGACCUCUCUCCUUUUAUCUCGGGGUGGUGGCGAGACUAGUGGGGAAGGCUCAUUUUAGUCUUCUAAUGCGCGAUCAAGUCUGCUAGUGUAGUUGUUUGAUUUAGUGUAGGUGGAGUUGGAAAACGGGUCGAGAUUCGUGGCAAUGGCAGAUGAAUGGAUAAAGAGUCAAAGG